CUCCCAUCGUCCCUUUUUCUCUUUGAAUUAACGAUCUUACGUUGUUAUACCUUGUGAGUCUUGUUCCCUUCCCACCCCCCCCAACCACCUGAGUGAGGAGAGCUGCUGCCAAAGUUGAGAAUUAUUCUGAACUCUUCUGUCCUCAUCCGGAGAUUCACGUAGAUUUCUCCAUGAAUAUCUUGGGAUUCUAUAUUCUACCUAUUUGCAGUAUACUUAUGACUAACACAACAUUCGACGUGGAAUAGAAUAUAACCUACAUCCCUCAUCAUGUCCGAGACUUUUGAGUUCCAGGCUGAGAUCUCUCAGCUCCUCUCUCUUAUCAUCAACACUGUCUACUCCAACAAGGAGAUUUUCCUGCGUGAACUUAUCUCCAACGCCUCCGAUGCCCUUGACAAGAUCCGCUAUGAGUCUUUGUCGGACCCCUCCAAGCUCGACUCGGGCAAGGACCUCCGCAUCGAUAUCAUUCCCAACAAGGAGGCUAAGACCUUGACUAUCCGUGAUACCGGUAUCGGUAUGACCAAGGCUGACCUGAUCAACAACCUUGGUACCAUCGCUCGCUCUGGUACCAAGCAGUUCAUGGAAGCCCUCUCCGCAGGUGCCGAUAUCUCCAUGAUUGGCCAGUUCGGUGUUGGCUUCUACUCUGCUUACCUUGUCGCUGACCGCGUCACUGUCAUCUCUAAGCACAACGACGAUGAGCAGUACGUUUGGGAGUCUGCUGCCGGCGGUACCUUCACCCUCACCCAGGACACCGAGGGCGAGCCCCUUGGCCGUGGUACCAAGAUGAUCCUCCACUUGAAGGAUGAACAGACUGACUACCUCAACGAGAGCCGCAUCAAGGAGGUUGUUCGCAAGCACUCCGAGUUCAUCUCUUACCCCAUCUACCUCCACGUUUUGAAGGAAACCGAGAAGGAGGUUCCUGACGAGGAGGAGGAGACCAAAGAAGAGGAGGGCGAUGAGAAGAAGCCCAAGAUUGAGGAGGUUGAUGAAGAAGAAGAAGAGAAGAAGGAGAAGAAGACCAAGACUGUCAAGGAGAGCAAGAUCGAGGAGGAGGAGCUCAAUAAGACCAAGCCCAUCUGGACCCGUAACCCUGCUGAUAUCACCCAGGAGGAGUACGCUGCCUUCUACAAGUCCCUCUCCAAUGACUGGGAGGAUCACCUUGCCGUCAAGCACUUCUCCGUUGAGGGUCAGCUCGAGUUCCGUGCCAUCCUCUAUAUUCCUAAGCGUGCUCCUUUCGAUCUCUUCGAGACCAAGAAGACCAAGAACAACAUCAAGCUCUAUGUUCGCCGUGUCUUCAUCACCGACGAUGCCACCGACCUCAUCCCUGAGUGGCUCAGCUUUAUCAAGGGUGUUGUUGAUUCUGAGGACCUUCCUCUUAACCUGUCCCGUGAGACCCUGCAGCAGAACAAAAUCAUGAAGGUUAUUAAGAAGAACAUUGUCAAGAAGACCCUUGAGCUCUUCACCGAAAUUGCUGAAGAUCGUGAGCAGUUUGACAAGUUCUACUCUGCCUUCAGCAAGAACAUCAAACUUGGUGUCCACGAGGAUGCUCAGAACCGCCAGACUCUCGCUAAGCUGCUCCGUUACCAGUCUACCAAGUCGGGUGAUGAGGUCACCUCCCUCUCCGACUAUGUCACCCGCAUGCCUGAGCACCAGAAGCAAAUCUACUACAUCACUGGCGAGUCUAUCAAGGCUGUCGCCAAGUCUCCUUUCCUUGACAGCCUCAAGCAGAAGAACUUUGAGGUUCUCUUCCUGGUUGACCCCAUUGAUGAGUACGCUUUCACCCAGCUAAAGGAGUUUGAUGGCAAGAAGCUUGUCGACAUCACCAAGGACUUCGAGCUUGAGGAGUCCGAGGAGGAGAAGGCUGAGCGUGAGAAGGAGGAGAAGGAGUUCGAGGGUCUCGCCAAGAGCCUCAAGAACAUCCUCGGUGACAAGGUGGAGAAGGUUGUUGUCUCCCACAAACUUGUUGGCUCUCCUUGCGCCAUCCGUACUGGCCAGUUCGGUUGGUCUGCCAACAUGGAGCGUAUCAUGAAGGCCCAGGCCCUCCGUGACACCUCCAUGAGCUCCUACAUGUCUUCUAAGAAGACCUUCGAGAUUUCUCCCAAGUCUGCUAUCAUCAAGGAGCUCAAGAAGAAGGUCGAGGCUGAUGGCGAGAGCGACCGUACCGUCAAGUCCAUCACUCAGCUUCUGUUCGAGACCUCUCUCCUGGUUUCCGGUUUCACCAUCGACGAACCUGCCAGCUUUGCCGAGCGCAUCCAUAAGCUUGUGUCUCUUGGUCUGAACGUUGACGAGGAGGCAGAGACCUCGGAGGAGAAGGCCGCUGAAGAGGCUCCUGCCGCUGCCACUGGCGAGAGCUCCAUGGAGGAGGUUGACUAAAUGUUUCGGUAGCAACGGAAACGAAAUUCAACUGCUCUCAUAACCUAUUUUCUAAAACUGUUCCAGCAAUAUCUGCAUCAGGGUUAUCUUACAUCACUGACUCGUAUUGCUGUUUCAUUUGGGACGGGAGAAAGGUGGUUCCUAGUUACGAUGUGAAUUUUAAUCUUUCGGCGUUUUGAGCGUUUGCUUUCCAUAUCAUACUACAUUAAAUUAUUACGUCUGAUUCAUAACUUUUACUUUCGCUCACUUCUCCGGGUUCGGAUAUUGAGUGAUCUUAGACAGGUAGAACGUUUUUCGAAUAAAAGCCAAGGCUUCAACUAUUACUAAGUCUUG